AUGGUCAACGAGGAACCAACCCCGGAGAACCACACCAUGAUGCAAGGCUUCGAGUGGUAUGUACCUGCCGAUCAGAAGCAUUGGGUGCGACUGGAGAAGCAUGUGCCCCAGCUCAAAGCCUGGGGAGUAGACAAUAUCUGGAUUCCACCAGCAUGUAAAGGCUCCUCAAAAAACGGCAAUGGAUACGAUAUAUAUGAUUUAAGGUACGAUCUUGGCGAGUUCGACCAAAAGGGAUCCGUCGCCACCAAAUGGGGCACCAAAGACGAGCUUCUAAAGUUGGCACACACGGCUAAAGAUAACGGCGUCGGCCUGUACUGGGACGCCGUGUUGAAUCACAAAUUCGCAGCUGAUCACAAAGAAAAAUGUCUCGCCGCCGAGGUCGAUCCUGAUGAUCGCACCAAGUUUGUCAGCGAUAAGUAUGAGAUUGACGCUUGGGUUGGCUAUGACUUCCCUGGCCGCAAAGGCAAGUACAGCGACAUGAAGUACCACUGGUACCAUUUCAGCGGUGUCGACUACAAUGCCCGGAAUGAGAAGACAGCCAUUUACAAGAUUAUGGGAGAAAAGGGUGAUCAGCAGUGGGCCGAAUCUGUCGAUGAUGAAAAGGGCAACUACGACUUUCUAAUGGGUUCUGAUCUUGAUUACGACCAUCCUGAAGUCGCCAAAGACGUCCUCAACUGGGGCAAGUGGCUUGCUAAAGAAAUUCCCCUCCAGGGAAUCCGGUUUGACGCAAUCAAGCACUAUAGUGAAGACUUCUUGCGCCAAUUCAUUACCGAGCUGGACAAAGAGUAUGGCAAGGGGUGGUUUUUCGUUGGAGAGUUCUGGAAAGACAGUCUUGACGACAUGUCUGAGUAUUUGGCUCGCAUGGGCCGGCAAUUCACACUCUUCGAUGCGCCCCUCGUUUACAACUUUAGCGAGAUCAGCAAAGCAAACGGCGCUGACAUGAGAAAGGUUUUUGACGGCACACUGGUACAGAAAGAGCCUAUAAACGCCGUGACUCUAGUGAUGAAUCACGACACCCAGCCGUAUCAAGCUCUUGAAGCUCCCAUUGAGGGCUGGUUCAAGCCAAUCGCCUACGCUCUCAUCCUUCUUCGCAGUGAAGGUUAUCCAUGCAUCUGGUACGGUGACCUGUACGGUAUCAAGGGCGAGCACCCUUUCCCGCCAUCUUGUGGCGGUGCUCUGCCAAAGUUCACACUUGCCCGAAAGCUCUAUGCCUACGGAAAGCAAGUCGACUACUUCGAUUACCCCACAUGUCUCGGCUGGGUCAAGUAUGGUACCUGGGACCGACCUUUUGGCUGCGCCGUUGUGGCCAGCAAUGCGGGGCCUGGCUCAAAGCGUAUGCAUGUCGGUGAGAUGCAUUCUGGCGAGGUCUGGACCGAUGUCCUAGGAUGGAAUGACCGGGAGGUGACCAUUGGCGACGAUGGAUUCGGAGAGUUCGUGUGCUCUGGUACGUCCGUGAGUAUCUUUGUCAACCGUGACGCGGAAGGUCGAGACAAGUUUACAAAGGAAUUCGACUCCAACAUCUACGAAGAAUGA